GUCGUCCCGAAAAGAAAAGUUCCGCGGGCGAGUUAGCCUAAUCCUGGGGACCGAGGCCCUCAGAUUGAUUUGACACAAAGCAUGCGCGAGAUGGCGACACCAGCACGAAGCAGAAAGGGAUGUAUGACAUGUCGGAGGACUCGGGUGAAAUGUGAUGAACGUCGGCCCAUCUGCGGACGGUGCCUGGCGAGAACGGCAACCUGCGUUUACAACGAAGACCCUAGUCCCCAGAGACAUCGGGUUCAAAGGCCUAUAGCUAGCUGUAUCAGCUGUCGGAGGCGUAAGAUCAAGUGUAUAGGAACUGGAAUCUGCCAGAACUGCUCUGCCAAAGGCGAGCCUUGCUCCAAUGCGACGCCCAUGGCACAGCCAGCCGCCAGUCUUGUGGACCCGAGUGGACUUUUUCCCUUUCCACCCGUAGUCCUCGGUGGCCAGUCAGAAUCACAACGGUCGACAUCGACGGUUGAUCUCCGGCCGUAUCUCAUGUCCUUCUUCAGAACAGUAAACCACUUUGUGACUCUGGGCUACAUUCACGAAGGGGAUUUCUGGCAGCAACAUGCGAUCCAAGCGGCUCCAAGCACUCUCUCUCGUAUCAUGGCUGCCAACGCCAUUCGCUUUGGGGACAUUCCGGCCACUUCAGCCGAUCUUUCUAUGGCAGAUGAAUGGGCAGCCGAAGUGGGAGACAAGAUGAUCAAUCUGGCAACGACCGAAUUUGGUGCUCUCGAGCUAAUGCAGAUCAUUCUUUGUCAGCAUUAUGACUUUCAUACAGGGCGAUACACUAGAGGUUACGUGAUGGCUGGGAUGGCCGCGCGCAUGAUGACUUUCUUGCGGCUCCACAUGUUGGACGAAAGACAGCCUCCUCCACUGCUCCCCCUCCUCUCACUGGGUAGCUUGCGUCGUCUAGCGUGGGCGGUAUGGCAUCUUGACGCGACAUUAGAUGGUGGAAAAUUUGGUUUCUCUUCGAUAGCGGAGAAUGCGCUCACCUUGCUAUUGCCUGGGGGGAUCCGAGACUAUCUUGAACUUCGAGAAGAGGCCUGUCAUAGUAUGACGGAGGGUCACCACGACACCAGCUUAGAAGCCCAUCUGAUUCGAGCGCUAUCAGCUCGACAGAUUCUGGCGUCCUUGCACACCCGAAUUGCUCGAAACCUCGUUCCACUGGACGAAAUCCCCGAACUGGUAGAUAGAGCGGUCGAUCAGGCUGAGAGACUGCUGCAAGCCCCAUUCGACUUUGUCAACCCCGAUGUGGAAUUCAUCAAGUAUAGAGAUCAGCUUCCACUCUUGGUCUCCGUGCACGCGAUGCGGAACACGGCUCGACGCCAUAUACAUCUCCUGUACAUCCUGAUCGGCAAGACCAGACCCCAUCGGCACAACCUGGUCCAAGAAGUGGAAGAGCUUUGCAAGCUGCUGACACACGCAUUGCUCAGAAGCAUUCCGCUUGAUCCGCAGAUCGCCAUGCACGCUUAUAAUGGCAUCGAAGUUCUGCUAUUUCAGCCGCUCAGACUGCAGUUGGAAAGUGGCGAAGAGAUCAUCAGCAGAGAGGCCAUCUCCAGCCUCAUCGAGCCACUUCUACGGUGUAUUCGCUCAGCAGCUGGACAAUCGACGCUUGUGGCGCUCAUUCACCCAGAAGCCGUAAAUCGUUUACUUUUACGAGGCUUCACGGAGCAUCUCAUUGGGCAUGACUGGCACGCCGUUUUGAGGAAACUUCUGGCGCUAUCAAGUUGCCAUCUCGAGACGCAUCGGCCUGGAUCGUGACCCAACGGAUGUGCUCUUGGAGUCGCCUACCAGUCAAGCGGAUCCUGACCUGUUCUCC